UGGGAGGGUCUGCGGGGCGGGCUUGGGGAGGUCCUGGGGGAGGAUGGAGCAGUGAGCGGGUCUGGGCGGCUGCUGGCAGCGCCAUGGAGACGGUGCAGCUGAGGAACCCGCCGCGUCGGCAGUUGAAAAAGUUGGAUGAAGAUAGUUUAACUAAACAACCAGAAGAAGUGUUUGAUGUCUUAGAGAAACUGGGCGAAGGGUCCUAUGGCAGCGUCUACAAAGCUAUUCAUAAGGAGACCGGUCAGAUUGUUGCUAUUAAGCAAGUCCCAGUGGAAUCAGACCUGCAGGAGAUAAUCAAAGAAAUCUCUAUAAUGCAGCAAUGUGACAGCCCUCAUGUAGUUAAAUAUUAUGGCAGUUAUUUUAAGAACACAGACUUGUGGAUUGUGAUGGAGUACUGUGGGGCUGGGUCUGUUUCUGAUAUCAUUCGAUUACGAAAUAAAACGUUAACAGAAGAUGAAAUAGCUACAAUAUUACAAUCAACACUUAAAGGACUGGAAUACCUUCAUUUUAUGAGAAAAAUACACCGAGAUAUCAAGGCAGGAAAUAUUUUGCUAAAUACAGAAGGACAUGCAAAACUUGCAGAUUUUGGGGUAGCAGGUCAACUUACAGAUACCAUGGCCAAGCGAAAUACAGUGAUAGGAACACCAUUUUGGAUGGCUCCAGAAGUGAUCCAGGAAAUUGGGUACAACUGUGUGGCAGACAUCUGGUCGUUGGGGAUAACGGCCAUAGAAAUGGCGGAAGGCAAGCCACCUUAUGCUGAUAUCCAUCCAAUGCGGGCAAUCUUCAUGAUUCCUACCAACCCACCUCCCACAUUCCGAAAGCCAGAACUGUGGUCAGAUAGCUUCAUGGAUUUUGUGAAGCAGUGUCUUGUAAAGAGCCCUGACCAGAGAGCUACCGCCACUCAACUCCUACAGCACCCAUUUGUCAAGAGUGCUAAAGGAGUGUCUAUACUGCGGGACUUAAUUAACGAAGCCAUGGACAUGAAGCCGAAACGCCAGGAAGCCCAGCAGCGGGAGGUGGACCAGGACGAUGAAGAAAACUCGGAGGAAGAUGAAAUGGAUUCUGGCACGAUGGUCCGAGCAGCAGGGGAUGAGAUGGGCACCGUCCGAGUAGCCAGCACCAUGAGUGACGGAGCCAAUACCAUGAUCGAGCACGAUGACACGUUGCUGUCCCAGCUGGGCACCAUGGUGAUCAAUGCAGAGGAUGAGGAGGAGGAAGGCACUAUGAAAAGAAGAGAUGAGACCAUGCAGCCUGCAAGACCAUCUUUCCUUGAAUACUUUGAACAAAAAGAGAAGGAAAAUCAGAUCAACAGCUUUGGCAAGAGUGCGCCUGGCCCCCUGAAGAACUCCUCAGAUUGGAAAGUUCCACAGGAUGGAGACUAUGAGUUUCUUAAGAGUUGGACUGUGGAGGACCUUAAGAAGAGACUCUUGGCCCUGGACCCCAUGAUGGAGCAGGAGAUCGAAGAGAUCCGGCAGAAGUACCAGUCCAAGCGGCAGCCCAUCCUGGAUGCCAUUGAGGCUAAGAAGCGGCGGCAGCAAAACUUCUGAGUGAGGCCGGCCCAGGAGGGCCCCGCCUCCACCCCAGGCCCGCAGUGAACUCUGGACCACUCGCCCCUCCAGCCAGCCACCACUUCUGCUCCAUCGUCUCUCCAGAGCACCUUUGUGAACUCAGGAAUGUGCGCCAGUGGGCAGGGCCUCCUUGACGGUCAGUGCACCACCCUGAUGUGUGAAUUUAAAUUGGUCAAGUAGAUUGUUUCAAAGGAUUUAUGUUGGCGCUUUUAAACUCAGAAUUUUAAACCCCAGAAACAGAGACUCCUGGUUGAGUGAUAGCUGGGAAAGUUUCACAUUGUCUUUUGUUUUUUCUUCUCCUAAUAGCUUUCAGUGGUUCUUUCCGGAAGACUUUUUAAAAAUAUAUAAAUAUGCAUAUAUAUAUAAAUUAUAACUAGAUUCCCCACUUGGCGUGGUGGCAUCUCUGUACAGGUACAGUUUUAAACAGUUGCCUCUUUUCUGUAAGAUUACGGUACUGUGAGACAUGAGGGCAGAGGACACCAGGAGGAGGCUGCCGGGGCCACUUAACCCCCCAGAGCAAUCCUCACUCUUUUUCAGGGCUGCAUUGACAAAUUAGGUUGGGGCCAGUUCCUUUACGAUGCUUUCAGCCUUGUGUGUGUCAUCCCUGGCCUCUGGAGCUAUUGGUGAUGUCCAAGGGAAAGCCUUGAGAGUCUGUGUUUACUUUCUGAGUCCCAGGAGAAGCCUGCCACCCUCUUUGCAACAUUGGCCUUUGUGGUUUCAGGGCCUUUCAUCCACCUCCACUCUCCCAACUGCCUAGAGUCACAGCACAGACACUGCCCAGUGCCUUAAGAGGAGAUGUGAUUCAGCGAGGGGACAGGCCUACCAGGAACUCCCAGCAAAGUGGGGCUGUGUUCAGUCUGCAAAACGGAAAGGGUUUUCUCAUUGUUCAUGUGAAGAUCCCACACGUGGCAUUUUGCUCCACAUUGCUUACAGACAAAGGUAGAGGGCAUUGCUUUUGUGAUCCACAUUCAAACAUGUGACUGUUUUCUCUUUUCUUUUACUGCUACAGGGUCUAGAAGGGGUAAAUGAAUAUCAGACUAAGAUUUGUUCUCCAAGAGACUCAACCCAGACAUGUAGAAUACCAGACCAUAGACAUCAUCUGGUCUGACGGAGGCUUAGAGAGGGGAAGUGACAUGGUCCAAAAUCACAAAGCAAAUUAAAGCAAGAGCUGGGGCUAGACUUUGGGGCUCCUCACUCCUGCUUCACUGCUGCCCCUUCUCUGAGGGAAGAAACUUGUGUCAGUUUGGGUGAAGUUAUCCCCGGGAACCCUGCUAAUGGAAACAGAGUUCUUGCUUUGUCUCUAAAGUAGGCAACUGGCUAUGACGAGAUUCCCAAGGGGAGCCAGAUCGUUCAGUUUCAGCCAUUCCAUGGGCUCUGCAGCAUCUGCCUGGUUGCAGACAAGCAUUAUGCAGGCAGCAGUCAGGCCUAAAGGAGAUCAGAGGGCUUUCCAACAGACAGCACAGAGCCAUCCCUCUGCAGCCUUGGCUCAAGGGCAGGUGUCACUUAGUCACACAGCAAACAGCAGACAGUUGGGAAAGGCAGCUGUCUUUUUAUUUUCUAGUCCCUCUUCCCCUCAGAUAGGGAAGCCCUGACCGGGUUGCACCUAAGGAUACUGUAAUUUGAUUCCAUAAUUGCUUUUGCUACCCAAACCUGGGAAUCAAUGGAGAGGCAGGGAACAUUCCUCUUCUGUGGCCGGAUUCUGUUCUUUGCAAUUACAGCAAGUUUUUAAAAAUGCAAGAGGCUGUUGUUGUUGGUCUGCAGGGCUUGGCCAGCUAAGCAGCUAUGUGGCAGAUAUAGAGAACAGAGGACAGUUCGAUGAUCUUGCUACAGUAAUGAAUGGCAGCUAACAAUCAUUGACCACUUCAUAUAUGCCAGGCACUGAGCUAGGUAGGUAGGCUCUUGAUGUAUAUCAGCUCCAAACUUCACAAUAACUCUGUGAAUUAAGUAUGUUGUCUCCAUUUUAUAGAUGAAGAAACAGGUUUAGAGAAAAAAAAAUUCCCUCCCAAAGUGGUACAGCUAGUAAGUGGUAGAAUCAGCAUUGAUAGCAUUGCCAUGUGAGACCAGUAUUCACAAGGAAAAGGAAAGUCACAAAUCUUCUUAAAAUGAAGUGACCACUUUUCUUGCACAGACUAACUCUAACUAGCAUUUUUAGAUUGGGAAACCACUAAAUUAGUAGUCAAGUCAGCCAAGUGAGUUUUAGAAACGGAAGUAUGGAACGUGCAUUUCCCCACGCCACCUGCUGUUCUGAUUCCUGCCUCAGUCUCUCUCGCUAUUUUUUUUUUAAAACAACUUUGCCCUUGGCCAAGCAGGAAGGGAAUGCCCAUUUUCUCCCUCCUUAAGCUAGAUCCAAGUAAAAGAAGGCUCACUUUUUCCCCAUAAAUAUUCUUGGGUCAUGAAUCUUGAUCUGGAGUUUAUUUUGUUUCAAGCAUGUGUGCAUCCAACAUGCUGGUCCAACAAAGGGCAUUGCUCUCCAGUCUAGCUAGACAGGGCCCUUCGGCCAGAAGUCCAUUUAUUUUGGAUAAGGUAAAUUUCCUGACCAGGCAUGUUUGUUUUCUUGUGACAGGAAGGCAGAGAAGCAAAUCCUAGUCAUUUUUUCCCUUAAGUUCCAGAUAGGUCAGUUAGCUGCCAUUGAGUCCUGAGCAUCAGUCAUUGCUUGAGCAUUUGUGACUCAAGCUUCCAGGGGACUCUGGGUCUCUCACUAUUCCUCUCCUAAGAAACAAUGACCCAGACCUAACUGUAUCUUUUAAACAUCUCAGAGUCUCUAGGAGUAUCUUCAUUGCUUCCUCAUCUGUAAUUUUGAAGCAAAUUUCUAUUUUUCUUUUUCCUGGCCCCUUUUCCCAAUCACCAAUUGGAUGGAUGGAUCGAUUGGUAGAUGAAUGUUUGACUUGAUGGUUGGAAGGAUAAAUAGAUAGACAGACAGAACUGUCUCUGAAGCAACUUAAGGACAAUAGCCUUGUCUCCUUGAGACUGUAGAUUCUGAUCCAGGAAACAUUUAUUUAGCACCUGAUGCAAGAAAUUUAUUAUACCAUUAAAACUCGAUAGCAGUUACCAAUAUUAGGAAUGAGACAGGUGACAUCAUUAUAGAUCCAGCAGAUACUAAAAGGCUAAUAAGAACUUUAUGAACAACUUCAUGCUAAUAAAUUCAGCCACUUAAGAUGGACAGAUUCCUUGAAAGAUACAAACUACCAAAGCUCAGUUAAGAAAAAAUAGAUAUUCUGAAUAGCCCGGUAUCUAUUAAAACUGAAUAGCUCUGGUACAUAUAGGUCUUGUUGUCCUCAUUUUACAGAUAGGGAAACUGAGGCUCAGAGAGGUCAAAUCUGUUGCUCAAGGUCACAUAACUAGAAUACGGCAGAGCCAGAAUUCAAUUCCAGGUCUUCUGAUUCUUAUUCCAGUGCCCUUUCUAGCAUACCAAGUUGCCUCUAAAGAUUGCAGCUCCUUAUUUACUGGAAAAUUGUUCCUGCCCAGUCCACAUCCUCUAACCCCAUCCUUUCUUAAAGCACCAUGUCUGUGUUUUCAUCAGAAUUAUAGUCAUUGUAUUUGGAAUCCAUGUUCUUUUUGUGUGUGGGGAAAAAAAAAAAAAAAAAAAAAACCUCUUCCACCAGCUUGCACUCGGACCAACUUGGAAAAAAGAGCUUAAAUGCUGUUGCAAAUGUACAACUUAAAAAUGUGAAGUUUGUAGCUUUAACUUUUUGUAACAAAAACUAAUAACACUGGCUUAAGUGCUGACGUGAAAUGCUAUUUUAUAAAGUUUGGAUGUAAAUAAUCAAUUGAGGUCAGCAGUUUGUAUAUGUAUGAGACACAGCUCCCUGCGUUGCCUUUUUAAAAAAAAUUUUGAGAUGCUUCCUAUGUGCUUUUAUGUUAGAAUUGUUCUCCCUCCUUCCUCCUGCGUGCACCUUGUCACCUUGUUUUAAAUAAACUGUCCUUUGGACCAGA